AUGGCGGUGUCUCGUGCCUUUCCCUCAACCCAAAUUCGUUGUUGUCCACCAUCAAGUGAACACUACGCCCUCUACGUACUACCACACUCUGGCGACCACAGUGAAAGCUUUCACAAACGACAUGCUGACUACCCUCACGAGGAGGACGGUGAAGAUGGACUCCCAGAGCCUGAGCCUACCAAGAAACAACACGAUACUGCUGCUAGGGACAGUCCUGCUGGGACCCACGAACCCAAAAAGAUCUCGGCGCCGGAGUCGAAAUCGAACCCCAAACCCGGUGCUCCACGUCGGGUUAGGAAGCCGGGCUACGGACAUAGCCACGAACUGAAGGACAAGAUGGACUUGUACGCUGCCAAUCCCAAGGAAGCAACUGCAGGGAGCCAGGAAGCUGGGACUACACCUCAGCCUACACCUUGGCCUCUCCUGACACCCACACCUUCCGUAGCAUCGCUGCCGCCUUCUCCUACCCGCUGGACCACACCAGAAGAACGAGAGCCCACAUACCCUGCAAAGGAAGAGAAACUCAAUUCUAAGAAACUUCUCACCAAACCCAGAAAAGUAAUGAAGGUCAUUAAGCUAUCUGCCGAUGGUGAGUUCGUCCCUCAGGAGGUUCCCGGGGUGAUGCUGCCCACGGAGGACGGCAGCGAGGAAGCCUUCGUGCCCUCCGACCUGCUGGAGGACACCGAGGCCCUUCUCACGGAGGCGUCAGCGCAGCAGCCGUCUUUCCUGCCCCCUCAGCAAGCCCCUUACAACGCGCCGGUACAGUCGAAGGGAAUGCCUUACCGCUUCGGCUGGAUCGUUGAUGACGAGGCUACUGCUAACUUUCAGACCAGGCAGGAGCAGGGAGACGACCAGGGUGUGGUCACUGGCUGCUACCAGGUACUGGAGCCCACGGGUCUCGUGAGGACAGUGACCUACCAGGCUGAUGAAGGAGGCUUCAGAGUGCUCUCACUCACGCGAGGACCUGACAAGACGCCUUGCCCUGGUCUUGAAGACGCCACUAGUUCUCCCUCCCGCUAUACCCCCACAGGUCGUCCCCAGUAUCAAGAGCCCCAACAACAGCCCUUCCCCCAGCCCCGACAACAGUCCUUCCCCCCGCCACAAUCCACACUUUCCCCGUCUUUCCAGAGUGGAGGUUUCGGCAACAACGCUUUCAAUAGUUUUAGCUCGUCCUCAUCAUCUUCCUCUGAGAGUAGUAGUUCCAGCAGCUCCAGUGAAGCCAGUUACAGCAGCUUUAACGUGAAAAACGGUUUAUUUGAACAGCCCUCCCCUACCCCUGCUGCCCUCUCUCGCUCCUACCCUGCCCCAAAUUACCCCACCCCUUCUGCGACCACCUCCGACAAUCUGUACAAGUCUGCGCAGGAGGCGUGGAUGGCUCAGUACCUGCAGAACAUCACCCAGCAACUCUACAGCUCCUUUUCCAACUCCUCAAACUCAAGCAACGACUACAGUUAUGGUGCCGCAGUGGAUAACAAUUUCGUCAAUUUCCCCUUCGUCUUGGUCCCCAUCAACACCUUCUUGGACCUUCAGAAGUCUGGCGCAAUCUCCGACGACGUGCAGAGUUACGGAGCCUUCGUGCAGCCGCAGCAAGCUCAGCAACAAAUUUCUCAGUACUUGAAACAGCAGCAGCAACAGCAGCAAACUCAACAACAGUAUCAAAAAUAUGAGCAUAAACAGGAACAACAGUAUCAGCAACAGCAGUAUCAGCAAGAGGAGCAGAAAUAUCAACAGCAACAAUAUCAGCAACAAGACCAACAAUAUCAACAACCACAACAACAAUAUCACCAACCACAGCAACAAUAUCAACAGCCACAGCAACAAUAUCAACAACCACAGCAACAAUAUCAACCACAGCAACAAUAUCAACAGCCACAGCAACAAUAUCAACAGCCACAGCAACAAUAUCAACAGACACAACAACAAUAUCAGCAGCCACAGCAACAAUAUCAACAACCGCAGCAACAGUUUAUCAACCUGUCAACAAAACAUGCAGCCUCCAGCGCGUUCAACUCAUCCAAAAGUUCUUCCCAACAAACUGCAUUUAACAUACAAGGCAACAACAUAAAUAAAUACCAGAGCGGUGGUCAGGGACGUCAGGGAGGCCAGCUGGUCUCACAACAACUGUACCAGAGCCAACAGGCGUCCCAGUCUGCCCAAAAGAGCAGCAGCAGCAGCAGCGAAUCCAGUUUCUCCUCCUUUGGUAAUGUAGCGGGUUCAGCGCCUAGCUCUUCCUAUAACUACAUCCCCCCUGCAAGUCAGAAUAGGGUUCCAACCAUGAGCUAUGGGCCAUCACCCACUGUCGUUCAGCCUAGACCAACCCAACCCAGACCUACUCAUUCUAGAUAUACACCACCUAGGCCUCAACCCACUCCUAUCCCAUCUAGUCCUCAACCAAUUUCGUAUAAUCGACCACUGUCAAACGCAGGCGGUCAGUGGCCUACGCCUCCUAUAACUCACAGUCGGCAGAGCAGUCGAACGCCGCCCAACAAAAAGAGUUUGCCUCUAGCAGCGCCAGCUACAACAAUGGUGGAGCCUCACUCAACUUCCAAUCCUCCUCGUCAAAGAGCGCUAAUGAAGCAAAGAAGACUCACGCCUCAUCCUCAUCUAAAUUCCUAGU